AUCCCUCAAACUGUUGACAAAAAUCAAUCCUGAUGGCUGUGCUGUCAUGCGUUUGACUUCGUGCUUUAUGUCGCCCGAAGUUUUUUCCCAAAAGCAGAUUCCACAAACUUGCAGCAGUCGGAUAAUUAUUUCAGCGUUAAAUUCCUCUUAAACGUAUCGGUCAACACCAUGGGUGGACAUGGACACGGACACGGACCUCCCUACAAAGUGCCGGAUGCUUCAAUCUACAAAGUUGCAGACGCUCCGCCGCUGGUGGAGGUUGAGCGUGCUUUGGCCCGCCGUGGCCUGAAGGAUCCUUGGCUAAGGAACGAAGUUUGGCGCUAUAACAUAAAAGAGUUCGGAACUCACCGAUCCCGGCUGGUUUCGUUCCUAUUCAAGGGUUUCCCCCUAGGGUUUGCCGCAUUCGUGGCCACUAUUGGUGUCGAAUUUGCUCUGGGAGUGGACUACCAUAGUCACGGACACGCAGAACAUGGCGAUGAUAAACAUGGUCAUCAUUAAGACAGUGGAAUCGAAGGUAGGAGACAUUGAGUUUUAAAUAUUGUAAAAUAAAUAAUGCAAAACGUUAAA